UACUCUGUUAUCUGUGCUACUCUGUUAUCUGUGUAAAUAAACAAUUGUUCCAUUUGCAGUAUUUCCACAACAAAUCGUAUAAAAAGGAUAAAACUAAAUAGUAAUUGUAAUGUACUAAGUUCAAAUUCAUUUUGAAAAUGAUGAGAAAUGAGACUACGAAAAUCUUAAUACCUAACGAUAAAAAUUCUAUAUGUAGAAUUUGUCUGCAGGUAUCUAAUGAUCUUAUAAAUGUCAACAAUUAUUCACCAAUUGAAUGGCCAAACGCAGGAAGACUAACAAUUGCAGAGGUUUUCAAGAAGUUAUCACUAAAGGUUGAUUAUGCAGAGUAUUUACCAAAUGGAAUAUGUUGUCACUGUAUAAAAUGCCUAGAAGAAUAUUUCUUGUUUGUAGAAAAGAUUGAAAGCAAUGAAGAAUUACUACGAUUAAUUUAUUCUGAAGAUGUUACUAAUACUUCAGAGGAUGAAGGUGAAGUUAAACUAUCAUCUAAAAGUUAUAAUGAAUCCUACAAAUCACACAACAAUGAAAAUAGUCUGUCGAAUAUAAUAGCAUUUGAGCAUGACUAUGUGAACACUAUUGAACAGCUUGCCGAUGUUGAAAAAUGUGUAGAGAGCAAAGAUGAAAAUAAAGAAGAUGCAAAUUUGAAUUUGGCUUCAAAGGGUGAUAGGGUAGAGUUAUUGGUAAAAAAACCUAGAACAUCUACUCAAAAAUAUGAAGUACCUUCUGAAAAUUCAUCAGAAACUGAUUCCAUCAGAUCUAUCUAUCUAGAUAUAAAUUUGGAAAAGAACAAGGAACAUCAGGAUUCCAAUAGUAAUGAUGACGUGAAUGUUAAAUUGGUAAAGUAUAAAUCGCAGAAGCAGAUGAGAGACCAAGAAGAUGAACCGACCUGUAUCAAGCAAUGUUUUUUUUGUGAUAGAAAAUUUAGUAAUGAUGAUCUACGGGUUUUACAUUACAUAGAUCAUGUAGCGGAGGCAACAGCAGGAUUGGUACCGCAAAGAUUAUUUUGCACCCAUUGUGGUCUCCUGAGUAUUACACAAGAAGAAUUAAAUGAGCAUAUCAAUUCCGAACACCAGAAUAAAGAAGAAUCAAGUUGCCAGAACUGUAAUAUAAGGUUUUCAAAUGUAGCAGAAUUGCAAAUUCAUUUGGAAAAAAAUCAUAUUGAGGACUUUGAAGAAGAAAUUGAUGGAGAUAUCAAAUGUUUAUUAUGCAAAAAGUGCUUCGCAAAUAGUAAUGAAAUGAUGAUACAUUCUCUUGAGCAUUUAAGAAGAAGGUACCGCUGUAGGAAAUGUAAAACAAGUUACAUAUGUAGUGCAGCACUGAAUGAACACCAUAAGACAGAUCCACAGUACAAUUAUAAGUGCCCAAUUUGUAAAAUGUGGAUUUGUAGUGGGGAAAAUAGUUUUGAAGAGCAUAUGGAAACUCACUCUACCACAAAAAAAUAUGAAUGCCAACUUUGCCCAAAAAAAUAUAAGACUAAAUUCCACUUUCAUCAGCACUUGAGAAGUCAUAAUGGGACUGUUCAUACUUGUCCCGAUUGUUCCUAUACAACAAGAUUUCUGUCAGAUUUCAAUAUACAUUUAAGGGUGCAUUCUAAUGAACACCCAUUUAAAUGCACUUUUAAAGAUUGUGGAAAAACAUUUGGACAGAAUAGUUCACUCAAAAAGCAUGAGAAUGACCAUUUUAAAAUACGAAAAUUUUCAUGUGAAUUAUGUAGUUACAAAACGUCAAGGUUUACUGAUUUAUCUAGACACCAGAAAGUACAUAGAGCGAGUAGGCUAUUUGAUUGUAAAAUUUGUGGAAGAUUUUUUGUUAGACAACUCAGACUCACCAGACAUAUGAAAAAGAUGCAUCCAGAAUUAUAAAUCGUCAAAUGUGGUCAGACUUAGAUAUUUCAAUCUAUUUUACCAGUAUAAUCGUCAGAUGUUUUGAUUAGAGUAUAUGUUUUCAAUACGAAAAUUCAAACUUAAGUGUAACUAAAAAUGUUGCUCAAUAAACUUUCAUUUUAGAUAAAUUUAUUCCGAGAA